AUGUCAACCCCACAACAGCCGCGCCUGUGGCGACUCCUCCUGGCCUGCAUGGUCUGGUCGCUCCCUUGCUUCCAGGCCGCCGCGAUCGAGCUCGAUCUCCAGGAUUCGCAGAACAUCAAAACCGUCGCGAGCGAUCUCGCCUGGGACCUGGUCAGCUUCUACACCGGCAACCGCACCGGCGAUGUGCCCGGCAACCUGCCCGACCCGUACUACUGGUGGGAGGCGGGCGCGUUCUUCGGCACGCUGGUCAACUACUGGGCCUACACCGGCGACAGCACCUACAACGAUCUGACCUCGCAAGCGAUCCUGCACCAAGCCGGCCCCAACCGCGACUUCAUGCCGGCGAACCAGACGCGCACCGAGGGCAACGACGACCAGGCAUUCUGGGCCUUUACUGCGAUGCGUGCGGCCGAGAAUAACUUCCCCAACCCGCCCUCCGAACAGCCGUCGUGGCUGGCGCUGGUGCAGGCGGUCUUCAACGAGCAGGCGGCGCGAUGGGACACCCAGAAAUGCGGCGGCGGGCUGAAGUGGCAGAUCUACACGUUCAACAGCGGCUAUACCUACCGCAACGCCAUCUCCAACGGCUGCUUCUUCAACAUCGCCGCCCGUCUGGCUCGGUAUACUGGCAACGAUACGUACGCGGAGUGGGCGGACAAGGUGUGGGACUGGGCGUCGGCGGUGGGACUCAUCGGACCCGAGUACCAUGUGUUCGAUGGGACGAGCGAGGAGAAUAACUGUACCGACCUCAAUCACAUCGAGUGGACGUAUAAUAAUGGGGUGUUUCUGCUGGGGGCGGCGCAUAUGUGGAACUAUACAAACGGGGAGAACCAUUGGAGCGAGCGCGUCAACGGUUUGCUCCGGUCGCAGAGCACCUUUCUGUCGACCCAGGAGGCAUAUAAGGACGUGCUGUACGAGGCGGCCUGCGAGCCCAUCGCCUCCUGCCAGACCGACCAGUUCUCGUUCAAGGCCUACCUGGUGCGCUGGAUGGCGGACACGGUCAAGCUGGCGCCGUUCACCCGCGAUACGAUCAUGACCCGGCUGCGGGCGACGGCCAAGGCAGCAGCGGCGCAGUGCGUGGGGGGAAGUACAGGGACCUACUGCGGGAUGCAAUGGACGACGGGGAGGUAUGACGGCACGACGGGGGUGGGCCAGCAGAUGGCGGCGCUGGAAGCGGUGCAGGCGAACCUGGUCGAGGCGGUGGCCGGGCCUCUGACAUUCAACACCGGCGGCUCCAGCCCGGGCGAUGGGGCAGCCGGCACUGAGACAUCGGACUCGUCGCGGGACCCGCGAGAUCUGCGGCCCAUCACGACGAAGGAUCGGGUGGGCGCGGUGGUGGCGACGGUGGUGGCGACGUGUGGGAUUCUGGGGGUGUCGGUAUUUAUGGUGUGGUAG